AAAAAGGAGAAUCACUGUCCGAAAAUAUGCAAUUAGAGAUCGCAAUUGGUAGUUUUUCAUAGAUACAGUGACCGAACAAGAACAGCUCUCUUUCUCUCUCUAUACCUACCUCUAUGUCUUUCUCUCUCUAGAAAAGCUGGGAGCAGAGCAGAUUCCAAUUCCCGUCCAGACCCAAAGCCCAACCUUUCUAUUUCGAACGGUUCUCUUCUUCUUCCGUCUUCUUCUUCUUCUUCUUCUUCUUCUCAGGAAAGAUCUGAACUCAUCAAUGUCUCUGUCAAGUCAAUCCCCAGAGCAGCACGACAGAUCCUGAGUCAUGGCUCCAAAUGCGGGUUGCCCUUUUGCCCUUGUGACCCGAACUUCUGUUCUUCGCUGCAAAGUUGGGUUCUUCUUCAUCAACUUAGUGUAGUCGGGUUGGGCUCGAUAUGAUUUCUGCUUGAGGUUCUUGGAUUCGUUAGGAUUCUUUCAUUGUUCUUUUUUUCGGAAGUUGAGUUCUUAGAUCGAGGACAUGUGGCGGCAGCAGUUCCAGAUUUAAGUUCAGUUAGAUUUGUGGCAGUUGUGUCACUGCUUAGUGGGAUGCAGCAUUCCGUGGAUCCGGGAGCUUGGAGAUAUUCGGUUUGAACUGGAAAGCAUUAAGUUUGCAAAGUAAUUAUAGGAGGAAAAUUGCAGUUUUAAUUUAUAUCGGCUAUUUUGAAGUUGUCGGCUGUCCUUGAUUCGUUCCUUCGGAAUUCAGAAGGUUGCAUAUUCUUGUUCACUGUAUUUGGGGUGAUUUAUGACCUAUGCAAACGAAGACUGCUCACUCGGGAGAAGAUUUUCGGUUAAAAGGGCAAGUUACGAUCGCUCAGCUCUCUGAAGGAACAUGGAUAUUGAAGCUAGUGAGUUUUGAUUAGGUGAUUGAUUUAUCACGAUGGCGUCUAUUAGGAGAACAUUAUCCCCUGUUCCUCGAGCCGGGAUUGCUCUCAAUGGGGAAGCCUGUAAUGUCUCUUCCCCUCUGUCAAGAUCAUCACUGAGCGCCUUGAACUAUCCUUCUUCAGGGGCAUUGCCAUCUUCACCAUUUGCUCCGCCUGAUAAGAGAUUGAAGCAAAAAUCACAGUAUUCUUGGAGGAGGGCAGUGUUUCACUUUUCCGUUUGCUUCAUGUUCGGGAUGUUCAUUGGAUGCACCCCGUUCGCCUCCUUGAACCUCUCGACGAAUAUAGCAUCCAGUAAGAACCAAGCUUUUAUGUCCGACGCAAAUACGACAUCACUAUCAUUAGAGAGUGAAGCUAGGAACGACCACGUGAUACUGGGUCCACAGUCAAAGGAGCAGGAGGGAGCAAAAGAUGUGACAGGUACUGAUGUGGAUUCAAAUGCGGAUGAUACUAGAUUGGUAAUGGAGAACAUCUUCGUGGAGGUUAAGAGCACUCUGAUUGUUGUGACUCCGACCCAAACUGGGCCCUUUCAGGCUUAUUACUUGAACCGAUUGGCAGGCACACUAAGGCUUGUUCCACCUCCUCUGCUAUGGGUGGUGGUGGAGAUGAAUGCCCAAUCCCCUGAGACUGCCGAUGUUUUGAGAAAAACUGGUGUUAUGUACAGACAUGUUGUGUGUGAUAAGAAUUUGACUGAUGUGAAAGAUAGGAGGAUCCACCGGAGAAAUGCAGCACUGUCUCAUAUCGCAGCACACCGACUUGAUGGGAUUGUCUAUUUUGCGGACGCAGAGAACAUUUACUCAGUAGAUCUUUUCGAGGAUAUGAGGAAGAUCAGGCGGUUUGGGGCGUGGGUUGUUGGCAAAGUAAGCGAGAGAAGAAAUCGGGCUAUGUUGGAGGGUCCAGUUUGUAACGGGACUCAGAUCGUUGGUUGGCACAUAGACAGAUCGAAGAGAUGGGCUCGCGCUCGGAGAUUUCAUGUGGGGAUGUCGGGGUUCGCAUUCAAUAGCACCAUUCUCUGGGAUCCAAAAAGAUGGCACCGGCCCACCCUUGAGCCCAUAAGGCAGCUUGAUAAUUUAAAAGAAGGAUUUCAGGUGACCGCAUUCGUCGAACAAAUCGUGGAAGAUGAGAGUCAGAUGGAAGGCUUACCCCCUGGUUGCUCGAGAGUCAUGGUAUGGGAAAUUCGUCAGGGAAACUCUCAUAGUUCCCUUUAUCCUAAGAGUUGGUUGAUGAAGAACAAUCUUGACAAUAUUGGCAGGCUCUCUUAGCUUUGUUGAUGGUUAUAGGAGUUCGUCUGGGCCAUGAAAGGUAAGUCGAAUAUUUUUUGUUUAUUUUAGGUCAUGUGGUUGAGGAAAAGUACUUAGCAAGUGGAAGCAAGAGUACCAAUUGUUUAAGUAGUAAAUUGGGUCUAAUUCUUCGCAUAAGUUUCCGGAGAGUCGUUUCUCUGUCAUCAACAAGGAGGUCUACGGAAGAUACGCUUGGGCUGCAUAGUGUGAAAAGGCAUAUCUAAUUCUUGUUCAGAUUACCGGAAAUGAUGUCAAGGCAUUAGGAAAAUCUUAAAUUAGUAUAGAUACUCCAAAAUAGGUUGGUUUCAGUCGGGUCAAUGAUAGCCAUUUGGUGUGCGUUCUGCAUUAAUUAUCUUCCCAUAGUGACCAAAGGGUGUGGUUGACAUGGUCUAAAUGAAUACUGUCAAGCUGGAACUGGGCAAGAUGCUCCCAUUAUCUUUGGUGAGAUGCACUAAUAUGAGAUUACCUAAUAGCGUAGUUUUCUUCUCUUAUUGGUGAACAAUUUGGCAACUCUCAUGCGAGUAGAUGUUAGACCGAGCUUAGCUUUAGAGGGUUCACAAUUGGACUUUGGAGAGCGGUUUGCUGCAUCGAAGCCUCAGACGGAACAAGGAAAGGGAUUUUAUUCAAGGUCUUUUACUUAAGAUUUUGGAGCACAAACUGCCUCAUUGUUCCUCGAAGUUUGAACUGAUUGUCUCUUACCUUUAGAUAAUUUACAGGUACUCUGACCUGUUGUCUACCAUCUUCACGUGGUUUUUGCCCCCAUGUCCUUUGAGUUGAAGGAAAUGGGGAAAUCUUGCGGGACAUUGCUCUUCAGAAAGCUUUUUAUAUCUCAAAUCAAAAUGUCUUUCCAGUGCAAAGACAUUGAUGUUUUCUCUUCAUUUCUCGUUGACAGUUGACAGAGAAAAGGGAGGAAUGCACCUGUAAUGACCGGCUUCAUCGUGUUGCAGGUAAUCUUGGUCAAGAGUCUCAUGUGCUUCAGCAUCUGCUAGCAACACUCUAAUCUUCUCCCCGAUUCAAAGCGAAUCCUGCUGAAUAUCCUCUGAUGAUCUCCCAUUUUUGUAUUCUAUUUCUAGAGUCGUCUUUCUUCUUUCUUAUCUAUUCUUUUUUUUUUUCCUUUUUUUUUCCUUUUCCCCCUUCUGGAAGGCAAUACUCUGUAAUUGUACAGUCAAAUUGAGUUGCAUAUUGAAUUUGUAGGCUCGGAGACUAUAGGAUCGUAUUCUGUACCAUUCAGAUGCCAUCAAAGGAGGCGGAGGCCUGAGAUCAACUUUAGUUCGAGAAGAAUCGUGAAAACAGAAAGAAAUGGAUGUAAUUCAUUAGAUAUGCCAAAGUUCCAGAACGACCUUUUCUUUCC